CACGCAGUUUAAUUGAUUGUUCUCACUAAAUGCUCACUAAAUGCUUGAUCCAAACUUUGCAAUUUGCAUAAAAAAAUAACUUUUAUUUGAAAUUUCAAAUCUACGAAUAUGUAUGAAAAUUUAGCUAAGUUAAUGGACAUAUUUGACCAUUAAUUUUAAUUGUCAACCUAUUUCGCCUUCAAUAAAUCGUGUUGAUAUGAUUGGCACCUAUAAUUUCCAAAUAAACUGUCGCACCAUAUUAUCAAUUGAAAAUCUUAGACAUUUUUAUCGAUCCCGUUUGAGUUUGUUUCGAUUUUUAACCGCUAACCAAACCAAAUGUCCAUACUAGAUUUAAAAGUAUUAAUUUCAAUUUCAUUCAAACACGUUUAAAGCUUUCUUUCUUGUCCAUGUGUUCCAAAGGUGUUCGAUUCUUCCAAGUAGGUGCUGGCUGCUUGCUGCUGCCAUGGUUGCUCUGUUGAUCACUCCCUCCAUCCAGCCAGUCGGUGACCAAAACAAUGUCCCAAACUGUUAUUGUCACCUUUUGUUCUUCAUACAGGACAGAAUCAAUCGCCCUGUACAGCAUCAUUCUUCUUCCCUUUCGUAAACUGUCGCAGGAACCCUGUGCCUGUCCUGAGAAACAGAUGCUGCUAAUGCAGAAUCGAAAGCUGUUCCUCCCGAUUCUCGCCGAUCCCUUAAUCCGAUCAUCGAAUUUCACGGAUCGGGGAAAUUGGGUUUUCUAAUAAGUUGACGAGAACGCAAACCCAAAUCCAUUUUCCCCCUUCCCUUCUCUCCUCCAGAGAUCUCUCUGUUUUCUGCCAGAUUCCCAUGGCGGUGGCGACGACGACUUCAGUUCCCAAUCUCUUCCGCCUCAUCCUGACGGCUGCCCUCUGCACCGGCUUCUACUUCGUCGGCUUCUACCAGAACUUCCGCGGCACCGUCUCCCUCCCCGCCCCUCCCACGCCGGCGGAAUAUCUGGUGGACCAUAUUCAAAAUGCCACCUUCUGCGAUUUCCCCACUCUGUUCCCGCCCCUUGACUUCCUCGCCCACCAUUUCCUCCCGGGGGAAACUGUUCGUGUCUCGCCGCAGAUGAAGAGAAAUCAUCGGCGACUCGGCGGUCCCUACGCGGCGGCGGAAGAGGAGGGCGGGAAGAAAAACCCAUCGACGAGGGAGCAAAUGGACUUCAGAAAUUAGCAUUUACAGAGCAACUCUGGCUCCGACGACAGAUUUGCUGUAAAACUUUGUACUGCUAACUUUUGUUUUGGGAGAAACUGUUGGACUUUAGUGUAACCCAUGCGAUCAAAUACAGAAUUAGAGAAUGUUUUUCUCUCUUCUUCUUCUUCUUCUUCUUCUUCUUCAUGGCCUGGAAGUGUUCUAUCCUCUGAUUACUUGAAAUGUUUCAGUAGGUCAGGUUAUCGCUUUAUGAGAUGGAUUCCUGAGAGUGAGCGAGUCAGUGAGUAAAAGAGUGUGCUUUGAUUUGGGAGUAAUCGAGCAAUCAAAGUACAUAAAAAAUUAUAAUGAAUCUGCUGUAAGUGCUGCGACUUCUACUGGUACAAGGACAAAUAAACCUGCUGCAUGUUUCUGUGACUUUUUCUUUCAGCUCUCAAUUACAAGCAACAACAAUACACACUCUCUUCUACCAAUGUAUGAACGCUGUGGACAGAUGAUAAAACUCAAAGAGAAAAAACUCUUUUUGAAGGUGAGCGAACAACACCAGAAUACAGAUUUGACUCUGAGAUCUACAGCACCCACAAGACUCUCGCUCGCCCGACUAGACACAAGCAAGCAGUUGAUGGCCCAAUUGUUCAAAGCCUCACAACUCAUUGGUUGAGGCUGUGUUUGGGUUUGGUUGGAUCUGGAGGAGACACCGUUACGAGUACUGUUGGCCACAUGAACAAUGCACAGUAGUAGACUUUUGAAUCUUCCAGUUAAGCAGCUUUUAGUUGGAAACUAAGAUUCAAUCAUAUUUGAAUAUAUGUUCACAUCUCUGCAAUGCCGGUGCUUGUAGGACACUCCGAUCAAGAACAGCAUCCAUUUCUGCGACCUUGUUGGGACGCUUGUCUCUCUGCUCGAAUCGUCGGAGUCUUUGGUACUCCAGAUCCCUUUUCCAACAGGGUAGGUACUUCAAAUAUCUGUAAAAGCACUGAGAGUUGGUCAAGGACAAGGACAGAAAGAAAAAUGCUAUUAAUAGAUAUAUCUUAUCAUAUUGGUUUCAAGAAAAAGCAUGUUGGCUAAUGGAAAUAUCAUCAGGAUACGAACAAAGACAACAGAAAGAGAAAACAACUGCUAAGAAAUUUUCUGUUGUUUACCUUCAAUAUAAUCUCUCUGAAGAGUUGCUCCACGCUUUCUCUAGAUUUAGCAGUACAUUCAAUAAACGAACAUUUAAGCCUUUGUGCUAGAACCAUCCCUUCUUCUCUGCUUACAGAGCGUUCACUGUCCUGAAGAUAAUUAAACAGUCAAUUCAAGACAGCAACUUCUCUCACUAUAAACCAUAUCUCCACAUGUUCAUACUAGCUCCAAUACCUCAAAUCUUGAUGACGGAACAUUUAAGUGAGAAUGGAAAAGUUACAUGGCUCUUUGUCCAUAUAGUGGCUCGUGGGCAUACAUGGUGGAUGGAGGAGAUCUAAGUUUAACUGCUGCACUUACCUUGUCAACUUUGUUUCCAACUAGAAGCUUGACACACUCAUGAUUGGUAGAAUAAAGUUCCACAUCUUUAGCCCAUAUCUCCGAUAGGUUUGUGAAUGUAUCUCUCUUUGUGACGUCAUAAACUAAGAUGAAAUCAAAAAACAAACUGCUCAGAUAUUGCGCUUACAUUUUCCUCAUCAUAUGACAAAUAAAACAUGAACCAUCUUCCAAUUAGUAAAUGGCUUAUUAUGUCUUCACGGUACAAUUAAGUUCCUGUGACUGA